CGUGAGGAGACCAUGGCGGGAGGAAUGAAAGUGGCGGUGUUAUCUGCAGUUGGUGCCGGGCCCUGGAGCUGGGGGGCCGGGGGCGGUGGUGCAGUGCGACUGCUCCUGGUCCUCUCCGGCUGCUUGGUCUGUGGCUCAGCCGGAAUUGAUUUAAACGUGGUCAUGCUUCAGGAAUCCAAAGUUUAUUAUAUGAAUACCAGUCAACAAUCCUGUUAUAAAAAUGUGCUUAUCCCAAAGUGGCAUGAUAUAUGGACACAGAUACAGAUUCGGGUAAAUAGUUCCAAACUGGUCCGAGUCACCCAGGUGGAGAAUGAGGAGAAACUGAAGGAGCUAGAGCAGUUUAGUAUCUGGAACUUUUUUUCCUCCUUUUUAAAAGAGAAAUUGAAUGACACCUAUGUUAACGUGGGUCUAUACAGCACAAAAACCUGCCUCAAAGUUGAGAUUAUAGAGGAAGACACCAAGUACAGUGUCACUGUGACCCGGAGAUUUGACCCCAAACUCUUCCUCAUUUUUCUCCUUGGACUUAUUCUAUUUUUUUGUGGUGACUUGCUGAGCAGAAAGAUGUGUAAUGCAACAGAAAAGACUGUCCCCCCUCGUCUUCUGACAGAAGAAGAAUAUCGGAUACAAGGAGAGGUAGAGACCCGAAAGGCUUUAGAGAAGCUUAGAGAAUACUGCAACAGUCCAGACUGCUCAGCUUGGAAGACUGUUUCUCGAAUCCAGUCUCCAAAAAGAUUUGCUGACUUUGUGGAAGGAUCUUUCCACCUCACACCCAAUGAGGUUUCUGUCCAUGAGCAGGAGUAUGGGUUAGAGAGCAUUAUUGCCCAGGACGAACUCUAUGAAGAAACAUCCUCUGAAGAGGAGGACUCAGAUUCUCGGUACCCCGCCAUCACACAACAGAACAGCUUCUUGACUUAG